AUUUUGUGCGGAUCGUUUACGCGCAGCAUUUGCGGGAUAAUUAUUCUCGUUAUAGAUCAUCAAGGAAAUAAUCGCACUCAAAUGCAUAGUAAACAGAGGACUUGGGUCGUCUUGGGUGAAAUCUAUAACGGAGCUUCUACACGUUGAAAAACCAUGGCUGAUUGCAGAAAGAACGAGAUUGUGGUUAUCGUUAUCGCUCUGCUGAUGUUGCAGUGGACGGGGAAAGGAGUUGAGGCAGUGUCACAAUUCUUGAAUGAUGCCGCAUUCAGCAUCGUUGACCCCGAACUGUCUGUGGUGUCGAGACUGAUUUCUUCGUCGUCAUUUGGACUCUUUCCUCAACCGACCAUGGGUUCGGUUCCAGCGAUGACCGCGGUACCACCGAUGACCGCGGUACCAUCGAUGACUCUACAAAUCCCAGGCCCACCCAACACUCAGAAUGUUGUCUUGUCCACCCAGAUGCUCUUACCAACUCCUACACCUUCCCCGACGCCAGUGAGCAUUUCUCCCGCUCCUCCACAGAACAUCAAUGCUAUAUCUGGAUUUAUCAGCCCCGUGUUGCUCCGUGAUGACAAUUCAUUCAAUACAUCCACAGGGAUAUUCACAGUCGAUGAUGACGGCGUUUACGUUUUCGUUAUCCACCGACCAGGUGUACACUCCCAGAAUCCCGAUCUUACUUUGACCGUGAUCACGAGUGCCAAUCCGACAUCGAACCAAACUCUCGCCACCCUCGAUGACACUGGCGAUGGAAGCGUCACCACGACACACGUCGUCGCAGAUCUACGACGCGGUGAUCGUGUAUUCAUCGACAAUCCAGGACAAGCUGACGUCGUUGGCACCGCGGAUAAUCCAUUUAUCUAUAAUGGUUUCCUACUUUAUCAUACACCCAUCUCGCCAGCACCAAAAGUUCGUCAGAGUGCAUUCUGGGUCUCCCUUGCCGGAAACCUAAGCAGAGAAGAAGGUGCUAUUUUCAGCAAUUACAAUCCACCAGCCUUGAAUAUCAAUGAUGACUUCGACGCUGAGAGGGGCACCUUCCUUACUUCUCUAAAGGGCCUUUACAUCUUUCAUCUCUCGGCAACUUUCACGACUACGGUGUCUGACGCUAAACCAGCGAUUACCGUUAAUGUUAAUAACGUUGAAAGAGCGAGGGGGUCUGUGAAAGUAAACCCGAUACAAAUAAGCAACAGCGUCGGUGUAACAAUUGCACUGCCAAUGGUUCAAGGCGAUAUCGUUGAGCUCUUCAAUGUCUUAGACGACCCAAACAUAGAUUUCUUUCUCACAUUUUCUGGAUAUCUCCUAGCUUAAACUUUCACACUAUAAAUGUAUUGGUAUUCAAACCACGUGACACUAUACAAGUUACUGUAGUCCCUGGCUAAUCCGGGGGCUAAUCAUUGACUACUAAAGCUUAUUUUUGCCAAACUGAUGACGAGAUAAAAAGUCGAGACGGCGAGUUUAAUGACGAAAACUAUCGAGUUGUUGGAAUUUGGCAAGUCGAUUAGUUAGGGACGAGAAGACAAGAUGAAGAUUAGGUGGAACCCGGCAAUAUGACUUUUUUGGGACGAGCAGACAAGAUGACGAGGAGGUGGAACCCGGCAAGAUGAUUCGUUUGGGACGGGAAGACAAGAUGACGAGUAUAGAUGGAACCUGGCAAUAUGAUUUGUUUGGGACGAGAAGACAAGAUGACGAGUAGGUGGAACCUGGCAAUAUGAUUUGUUUUGGACGAGAAGACAAGGUGACGAGUAGGUGGAACCUGGCAAUAUGACUUGUUUGGGGCGAGAAGACAAGAUGACGAGUUGGUGGAACCCAGCAAGUCGACUUGUUUGCGCCAAAAAGGCAACAUGACAUGUUCUUGGUAGUCGGUAUAAGUUGACUUGUUUGGGAUCAGAAGAUAAGAUGACGAGUAAGAAAAUACAACAAAUCGUUAUCUUGUCUUGUCAGAAACAAGUCAACUUGCCAAGUUCCAACAACGCGCAAUCUAUUCUUGUCCCAAACAAGCCGACUUUUCAAGUUCCAACAACUUGCCUCAGGCUUUCCGUCAUUUCCGCCCUUUCGUCUUCUAAUUUCGUCAUCUGGUUAGCACUUAUAAGCUUCUGUAUCGUUGAAACAAGGAGACUAGAUAGCGAGUUGUCGGAACUUGUAAACGAGACUUGUUUGAAACAAGGAGACGAGAUCAACGAAAUUUUGGAACUCAUAUCGACUUAUUUUUUAUGUAUUAUAUUCCCAAAUAAGUCGAUAUGUCCAACAAAUGGUCAUCUUUUUUUUCUUGUCCCGAACAAGUCGACAAGCCAAGUUUAAAAGAUUUGCGGUCAUCUUGCCUUUUAGUCCUACACAAAUCAACUUGUCAUGUUUUAACAGCUCGUCAUCUUAUUUUCUUAUUAAAAAAGUUCACUCGACGAAUUUCAACAACUCGAUCGUCUUCAAGUCAUUUAACCCGUCUUACUAUUGUUUUAUCGUUCUCCUCUCAAAUCAAAUUUACAAAUCAACAAUUACAAAAAUAAUUCGAACCUAUUGCUUGAACCAAUUAUUCAAAUCAUGCAGUAUUAUUCAAAAGAAACCAUAUCGUACAAAAUGGAAUAUUACAAUUUAAUAAUACAAAAUAAGAGAGAAAACCAGAUAAAUAGAACAACGCUUUUAUACCUGCCCCCUCCUUACCUAAUUAGUUGAAAGUACGAUCGAGUGUAUAUUAUCCUUUUGAAUGUCAGUGUAUUUGUCUCUGAUUGGUCAGUCAGCGGAAGAUCAUAACUCAAACAACUUUGACCUAAUGUGUGUAACUUUGACAUAUCAUAUCAUGAAAACGUCGAGAGACUGUUUCACUUCUGAUAGCCGACUUGAAAGCUAUUUUCCCCUAUAAAUUAUAAAAGAUGUCUUUGAUGCGUUAAUUGUUCAUGUUUCACAAGUUAGAUUAAUGAUAGGGUUUCUUUAUUUUGUCAAGGAUCUGAAAUCUUUAUAUAAAAUAGGAAAGAAUUAUUCGGAAUUUUAUAAUGGAUUAGAUCUUUAAAAAAAAAUGAGUUUGCGACAUAUACAGCCAGUAUUUGUACAUUAUGAAAAGAGGCAUAUAAUGCUAAAACACAUUUGUUGUAUGCAAUUUCUUAUUUUUAAGAUGAUUUAUAAUUUUGAUAUUUUACUAAAUUAAGUUUCCUUUAUUUUAAUCACCCGAAGACUCCUUUAGUGGAAUGAAUGAUUUUACAUAGAGUAAAAAUUAUCCAUGUUAAAUAUUAAAUAGGGUUCAUUGAUAAACGUGAAACGUUGGUAUCAUUUUAACCCAGCUUCACCAGGUUCUUUCAUGAUGAUUAUGAUCUCUGACAAAAUGUAAUGUAACCCAAGCUAUGUUUCUAUGUAAUUCAUUCGAAAGUUUACAAAAUCCAAGUUCAUUCAUUAUCAUUUUAUCGAUGGUUUACAAGAAUACUAAUUAUUGUAUAUCCACUUAUAGUUCAGUUAUGAUUAUAAACGGAUUUGUAAAUUGGAA